UAGAAUGAGUCUGAGUGUGAACAGAGUCAGAAGUGUGACACACACACACACACACACACAGAGCUGCAGGACACCUCGCGCCUCGCUCAGAUUAACUCUCCUCGGCGCUGUCAGGCUUCGGCUGGGGCUCAGCACACAACAGACUGAAGAUGAUCAAGCUUUUCUCUCUGAAGCAGCAGAAGAAGGACGAGGAGUCCGCGGGAGGAGCGCGAGCCGGAGCCGGCGGGAAGAAGGCGAGCGCGGCCCAGCUGCGGAUACAGAAGGACAUCAAUGAGCUGAACCUGCCGAAGACGUGUGAGAUCGUGUUCCCCGACCAGGACGACCUGCUCAACUUCAAGCUCAUCAUCUCCCCGGACGAGGGUUUCUAUAAAGGAGGGAAGUUUGUCUUCAGUUUUAAGGUGGGACAGGGAUACCCUCACGACCCUCCGAAGGUAAAAUGUGAAACCAUGGUCUAUCACCCCAACAUUGACCUCGAAGGCAACGUCUGUCUAAACAUCUUGAGAGAAGACUGGAAGCCAGUGUUGACGAUUAACUCCAUCAUAUACGGACUGCAGUAUCUGUUCCUGGAGCCCAACCCCGAGGACCCCCUGAACAAGGAGGCGGCGGAGGUGCUGCAGACCAACCGGCGGCUCUUCGAGCAGAACGUCCAGCGCUCGCUGCGCGGCGGAUACGUGGGCGCCACCUACUUCGAGCGCUGUCUCAAAUAGUCCUCGCCGCCGGCCCUCACAUCCCAGAAUGCAUUUAUCGUUUACAUGCGCUGAGACGCACUGACCGACACACUGACCGCACACAGGACGGGGAGGGGCUGGAGGAGCGGGGGGUUCUUGAGGAAGGGCCGGUCAGUGAUUGUUGCUCAGAGGAUUCAGCCGUAUUUCGCCACUAUGCUGGUACCCACUGUUUAUUUUUGCUGAGAUUCACAUGCUAACUUAUCCUCCCACUCACAGAGAGCGAGACGGCAGACACAUCAGAUCAGUACACUUCAGGACUGAGUUCGUUUGGGCUUCGGCGAACCUGCCUCGAGUCGCACGUAUUCAACUAGUCACUCAUUUUUACGUUUGCAAAAAAAGAAUCGCCUUCGACCAAUUCUGACCGACCAGUGCUGACAAAUUGAUCCCCGCUGAAGCUAGAGAGCGGCUGACCCGAGGUCCACCGGGUCCGUCUGCUAAUUGGGCUGUUGUGAGCUUGGGAGACGUACCGUGUUUUGCUAUAGUUUUCCUGGUUGGGAACGGGUGGGAUGGGAUUUCCCUGAGGAGGAUCGACGCAGGGUUAGGAAGGGUGUUACUAUGUUACUAUUCUGUUGUGUAUAUUGAAAAAUCCCAGUUGUUGAUGAUGACUGCAAUAUGAAUUAUGUUAAAUAAAAUAUUGACUUGAAUGCCUACAUUUUAAGAUUAGUGUAAACUACAACAGCAGAUUGUCUUUAAAGAAACAGCAACAAUAAAAUGUUUUAUCUGA